UGACCAAGAAUAACAACAAAAAACUGCACAUGUGCAGUAAAUUAUCGCAUGUAGCGUGAAUUUCCACCGAUUCCUUGUCAAUCAUUUGUGUUGUAAUGUUUGUUUUUCCGGUUUUGCCGUUCCGAAUUUCACCUUUAUUCGUUUUCGGUGUUGAAUGUAGUGGAAACUAGUUGCAUUGUGACGCCAUCCUUGACGCCAUAUUGGACCAAACUACUACAUCCGAAUUAUCUGAUAACCAUCAGCAUGAUCUUUAUCCAAUCAAAUCGUGUUCAUCGUGCAUUUUAAUGCCGCGCUAUUGUUUUUCCGUUUUACGUAGUGAUAGUGUGCAGUAACGUAGCACUUGUUAAUGGCGACAGGCGCCAUUUUGGUACAAGUGGGAUUCCCCGAGUGCGCAAAUUGUAUUAAAUUACGAUUGGCAGUGGUUGGUGGCACAGUUGAGCAGUCAUGGGCGACGAUGGAUCUUCGGUUUGUCAAGUUUGUAAGGAGUAUAUCCACGAUCUGGGACACAACAAUACGGUGAACCACCGAUUUCACUUUACGAAAUGGGCAUACAACGAAUACCGGAAAGCGCUAGUUAACGACCGACACGGCAUAGAGUUGAAGAUCGAAGUGAAAAAAGUGAACAAUUUCCACUACGACUUCCGUAAUAUCAAAGGGAAAUACGUAAUAAAGGUCACUCCAGAGCAACUUCGACUCCACAACUGCACCAUAACGUUCAAAUGCAAAAUAAAAAACACCAGAAAAGACCCCAUUUUCGUCACAAACACAAACGUACUGCACCCUUCACACUACUUCGACAUUAUCCACGACAAUUGCUUCGGAGACGACGAAUCCACGUUCAUCAAAAUAGCACCAGGUCAUGUGUACCCGUUCAAAGUAACUUUCACGACGGACGUUUUGUCCUGCGCUAGUUACAAGAUUCCGUUGUCUUGUGAUUUUCAAACCUGUGACAAUAAAGAUAAUUUUACGAUAGUGAGGACAUUCUUGACGAUCAUUGCUGACAACAUCACAGUUGAAGAGGAAAAAACUAAAAGCCCCUUUACGAGUCAGCCGUGGAAGGACGUUUACACGAAUCCUACCACAAAGACGACAAAAUAUACGGAUGAGUAUCCAGUUCCAGGGAACCUGAAGCGGCUGCUCUACCAUGGGUUGCAAAAGUUUGAUAACAUGAGUGAGACCGACGAAAACAAUCUGGACCAAAUAAGGUGGUGUCUCCAAACAUUAACGCCACAAAAUUACAACCAGUACUGGCACCACGUCCUGUGGCUAGAAGAACAAGGUCAGAGUUUAAUGUUGAGCAAAUACAACAUGCAAGGGGUUACAAUGAAGAUUAAAAACGACGACGUUCUAUUACUAGAAGUACCAGGACUUGCAGAGAAACGACCCUCUGUGAUAGUGGGCGAUUUUAUUCGUAUCCGACUGACCAAUGACCACACCGCGUACCAAGGUUUUGUCUGUAAGGUCAACGAUACAACCGUAGAAAUCUCGCACCUUGACGAAGACAUAGUUGAGUACGUCGCGAACGACCCGAGUACCGAAAUGGACGUGUCUUUCAUGCUGGGCCGAGUAUCGUUCGAGAGGAUGCACCGAGCCGUGGAUAUUCUCGUUCGUACUGGAAUGGUGACCAAACUUUUCCCGCAGGGUCAAUUCCAAGUUAAACACAAUACAGCUCAUAAACUCUCGGACUCACAGUACUUCAACAAGUCCGUUUGUAAAAACGGUGACCAGAAAAAAGCGGUCGACAAAAUUUUGAAUAGUACGCACGAUUUCCCGUACAUCAUUUUUGGUCCACCCGGUACUGGGAAAACCGUGACUCUUGUAGAAGCGAUACUACAAAUAAAAAAACGUACCAAAAAAAAGAUAUUGGUUUGUGCGCCUGCCAAUUCUGCGUGCGAUAUGUUGGCGUUGAAACUGAAGGAACAUUGUACUAAUGAGGAGCUAAUCCGUAUACAUUCGUCCACAAGAGAUAUGCCCUCCAUUCCCGAGGAGUUAAAAACUUAUAGUAACAUUGAAGACGACGAGUUUAUGAGAAUUCGGCCCGAUCAGCUAAAACCGUACAGAAUAGUCGUGACAACGUUGGUCCUAGUUGGUCGUUUCACCGGUGCUUAUCAACCCGACUGCAUUUUUAUAGAUGAAGCUGCUCAAGCCAGCGAACCCGAAACAGAUAUAGCCAUUGCACUCCUCGAUAAAGGAAAACAAGUAGUUCUGGCUGGUGAUCCCAAACAACUCGGACCCAUGGCGAUAAAAUCCGCGGAAAAAUUCGGCCUAGGAAUUUCGUUGUUGCAAAGACUGAUGACGGACUGCGACAUUUACCAACUCAACCGUAGAACUGGCAACUACGACAGCGACUUUAUCACGAUGCUCAGGCUGAACUUCAGGUCGCACCCGGACAUUUUAUCCAUACCGAACGAGUUGUUCUACCACGGUUUACUACAACCCAAAUCAAAGGAAGCCAAAAGGGACCCAAUCGUAGCCGUCGCUAUUUACCCGACUAUUAAAAAUAAAUCGCAGUUGGUUGAAGGGAGCGCGGUUGAGUUUUGUUCUAUAAGCUCCAAAGAAAAACGGGAGGGCUCAUCACCGAGUUAUUUCAACCUGUUUGAAAUCAAAAUGGUGGUGGAGUAUGUGAAAGCCCUACACAAUUUGAAAUUGGGGCCAGCGUAUAAAGUGCGAGCGGAUCAAAUUGGCGUGGUUACUCCGUACAAGCGACAAGUUUACAAAAUCAAAGAAGCCCUCAAACAUUGCGGUUUCGCGGACGUGGAAGUCGGUACUACUGAAUCUUUUCAAGGACGCGAGAAAAGGAUCAUCAUUAUAAGUACCGUCAGAGCUCAACAUUCCCUGCUUUUGCACGACCGCAAGUACAAUUUGGGUUUCGUUAAACACGAUCAGCGUUUCAAUGUGGCUGUGACUCGCGCUAUUAGUAAACUGGUUGUGAUUGGGUGCCCUCCGGUGCUACGAACUGACAAUAAGUGGACGAAAUAUAUGGAUCUGUGCAGUGAGCAUGGAACUUAUUUUGGAAAUAGGUUUAUGGCUGACAAUCAACAAUUCAGAGAAGAAGUGAUUCACAGGACGAGACGUUUCAAGCACGUCGAUGACCAGUUCAACCACGAGUGAUGUUUUAUAUGUUUUGUUAUUGAUCAAUAAAUGCUAGUUUUUUA